AUGGCGGCCCCAGCAGCAACCGCCCCAAACGGCACACAGCCGACGGGCGAGCCAUCAUCCGGCAAGAAUGCGAGUGUGAGUGCUGCAGUGCUCGCGGCGCCCGAACCCAAGUUACCGACGCGGAAAGACACCUCGCUCAAGGAGUUUAUGAACAAGAUGGACGACUACGCCCCGAUCAUUCCUGACGCCGUAACAAACUACUACAUGACCCGCGCCGGCCUGCCCCCGCCCCCGCAGACCGACCCGCGCCUGGCGCGACUCUUGGCCCUGGCGACGCAGAAGUUCAUCGCUGACAUCGCCGCCGACGCAUACCAAUACUCUCGGAUCCGCGCGAGCAACACCAAUGCCAACAACCCGAUGGGAAAUCUUGGUGCUGCCGCCGGGUUCCCUAUCCCGGGCCAGCCGGCGGGUAGCCAGCCUGGCGGCGGCGGCAGUGGCGGCAAGGGGGACCAGGGUGGUCGUGCUGGUGGGGCGCCGUUGGGGAUUCAGAGGCCUGGCUAUGGCGGUGGUGGGCAGGGUGGCAGUCAGAACAGGACGGUCUUGACCAUGGAGGAUUUGGGAAUGGCCGUGGGGGAGUUUGGGGUCAAUGUCAAGAGGAGUGAGUUUUACCGUUAG